AUGAUCUUUUCAACUUUAGCUAAAAGAACUUUUACUUCAACUGCAUUUAAUCCUUAUAAAGUAACAGUUCUUGGUGCAUGUGGUGGUAUUGGUCAACCAUUAUCAUUAUUAAUGAAAUUAAAUGAUAAAGUAACAGAUUUAAGACUUUAUGAUAUUAAAAAUGCAAAAGGUGUUGCCACAGAUAUUUCACAUAUUCCAACAAAUUCUAAAGUUACAGGGUUUUCAGCUGAAGAAUCCGAUGGUUUAAAUAAUGCUUUGAAAGAUACUGAUUUAGUUUUAAUCCCUGCAGGUGUGCCAAGAAAACCUGGUAUGACAAGAGAUGAUUUAUUUAAUAUUAAUGCAGGAAUUGUUUAUGAUUUGGCAACUGCUGCAGCUAAAAAUUCACCAAAUGCUGCAAUUUUAGUUAUUUCAAAUCCUGUUAAUUCAACUGUACCAAUUGUCGCAGAAGUAUUUAAGAAAAAUGGUGUCUAUAAUUCAAAAAAAUUAUUUGGUGUAACAACUUUAGAUAGUAUUAGAUCAUCAAGAUUUAUUUCUGAAAUUGUUAAUACAAAUCCAACAAAAGAAAAAAUUAAUGUUAUUGGUGGUCAUUCAGGUAUUACAAUUAUUCCUUUAUUAUCACAAACUAAAUAUGGUUCAACUUUAACUAAAGAACAAAAAGAUUCUUUAAUUCAUAGAAUUCAAUUCGGUGGUGACGAAGUUGUUAAAGCUAAAAAUGGUGGUGGUUCAGCAACUUUAUCAAUGGCUCAAGCAGGUGCAAAAUUCGCUAAUGCUGUUCUUUCAGGUUUUGCAGGUGAAAAAAAUGUCAUUCAACCAUCAUAUGUUGAUUCUCCAUUAUAUAAAAAUGAAGGUAUCGAAUUUUUUGCAUCUCCUGUAACUUUAGGUCCAGAUGGUAUUCAAGAAAUUCAUCCAAUUGGUGAAAUUAAUGCUGAAGAAAAUGAAUUAUUAAAAGAAUGUAAAGAAACUUUAAAGAAAAAUAUUGAUAAAGGUAUUAAAUUUGCUGAUUCUAGAAAAUAG